CCAAUCUCUACACAGCCAGAUGAACGUUUCCACUCAACGAGACCUCCCGCCUCUCUUCAUCGAGGAGUCCCAAACAUGACGUCUUCAACAGUUACCAUCGUACGGCCCGUGAAGGAUAGUUUCGUAUUUGUUUCGUACUCGGCUUGAAGCCUGCCGCGGGGCCCGUUUGCGAAACCGAGGUGCAUAUUGAGUACAACUACCGAGCGCUUCCCGCGUCCCCGUCUCAACCCCCGCCCGCUUUUACACUGCAACAUCCUGCAGCAGCGGCACACGAGCGCUGCAUACUGCAUCCAAGCAACUCAACUCAAGUCAGCCAUCGCCCUCAGCAAUGGCCGAAGAUCAGAAUAACACCACGGACGAUGCGUACCGCGUCCAAGAGCUGCCGCUCCUGUCAAAGGUCAGGCACGGCGCCACGGCUUUUGCGAUCCAAAAUCUCUUGGUCAAGCCCGCGCUCUUCGUCCGCGAUGUCAAAGCACGCAUCGUCCCGCCCGAGAACCGGCCAGAGAUCGUGAAGACUUACGAGUGCCGACCGCAUCUCCCAGUCAGGAUCUUCUUUCCUAAAUGCCAUGACAAAACGUCCAAAGACCAGCUGCCAGUCCUUUUCACCAUCCAUGGCGGCGGGUUUGUGGUCGGAACCCCCAAUGACACUGACGACUGGAAUCAGACGUACGCGUCUGUUCAUCACUCCAUUGUCAUUGGACUCAACUACGGCAAAGCUCCUGCCAACCCGUUCCCCAAGCCGAUCUACGACUGCGAAGCACUGUUCCUCGCCGCUUUGAACGACGAGUCUCUCCCCUUGGACCGGACUAGGGUUGCUCUCCUUGGAUGGUCCGCGGGGGGCAACUUGACACUUGCAAUCGCACAGCUUGAGAGUGUCAGGAAGCACUUGACCUGCAUCGUCCCGUUGUAUCCUGCGAUCGACCUCUCCAUUACAGGAGAAAUAAAGGCUCAGUCGCGGCGGUACAAGCCCGAACUAGGUGGCUUCCGCGCAAAGGAAGCCGAUUUCCUGCUCGGUAUGGCCCCGACGUUUGACUGGGCUUACAAGACCCUCGGAGAGAACUGCCGCAAUCCUCUCAUGAGCCCGUGUUACGCCACAAAAGAUGCGCUGCCGAAGCGUGUCUUCGUCAUCGGCUGCGAGCUGGACAUGCUCGCUCACGAGGGCCAGAGGCUCAUUCAUCGGCUGGCGGAUCGUCCACCGCCGCCUGCUGUGGUCGGGAAAGAGGAAACUGUGGGGAAGGGGGAGCUCAUUUUUGACGACGAGAGGUUCCAUUUCGAGGUGUCGAACGCCGAUGGGAGUCUCUACAGGUGGCUUCUGGUACCCGACACCGUCCACGGAUUUGACCAGCACCUGUCUGGGAUGGUUCGCGAUCCCGUGCUCAUCGAAGAUGCCGAGAUCAAGACGCAGAAGACCAUUAAAAUCAUCGGGGAAUGGGUUCUUCAAGCACCUCCCGUCAUCGCAACCUGAGAUGGCGCUCCGGUUGUUGAGUUGUUGGGGUGCGAUGGCACUGCAGCCACUUGCUUCAAGGAAAAUAUUUCUGGGAGACGAAUUCGUCUUCACAUCUAUACCAUUUCUGUCUGUUCGUUUUUUUUCAUUAUCAGGAAGUCAGAAACGAUGUUCUAUUUGCAUUUUCAUUAUGUACAAAGAAUCUAGUGUUGAUAAGAAUUGCAAGAACAGUCAGGGAGCUAGUGCGCCUUGCCAAAGUGACCAAGCAUUUUGUCGUAGGCUGCCCUCAACUUCACGCUUGUUUCAUAGUUUAAUGGAAUUAUAGCUGCUUCCAUAUGGCUGGCUUUCUGCCAAAUGGAAUUAGAAAUCGUCAGGGAAACACACGCAGUAGGAGCAACGAGCCAAUGAAGCAUAUUUUCGAUAAAAC